AUGGAAUCUAUUAUUUCUUAUAUUUUGAUUGUAUUAUCAGUGUUAUUAUCACUAUCAUCUCAUUCUUAUUCACAUUCUUCAAAUGGUUUCAGUGUAGAGAUCAUCCACCGUGACUCCGUCGAGUCCCCUCUCUACGACCCCUCACAGACUCAUUCAGAGCGCUUGGCCAACGCUUUCCGCCGCUCCAUCAGCCGCGCCGCCACACUCUAUUCCUCUCGAUUAGCAUUAUUAGCUACUAAGCCAAACUCAUCAGUCGAAUCCACCGUGUACACCAACGGUGGUGAGUAUCUGAUGUCCAUCUCCCUCGGAACGCCGCCGUUUAAGAUCCUAGCCAUUGCUGACACUGGCAGCGACCUCACCUGGACUCAGUGCAGCCCAUGCAAGCGCUGCUACAAACAAGUCGCUCCUCUCUUCAAACCCAACUCUUCCAAAACCUAUAGAGACGCUUCCUGCUCUUCCUCUCUAUGUAACUCUGCCUCCGGAGCUAAAACCUCUUGCUCCGCCGACAACUCUUGCCACUACGCCGUCUCUUACGGCGACCAAUCUUUCUCCAACGGCAACAUCGCCACCGACGUCCUAACCCUCUCUUCCACCUCCGGAAGGCCCGUUACCUUCCCAAACUUCCUCAUUGGCUGCAGCCACAACAGCGACGGUACUUUCGACGAGAACGGCUCCGGCAUCGUCGGACUCGGCGGUGGAGCGGGUUCCCUCGUUUCCCAGUUGACAUCUUCCAUUGGAGGCAAGUUCUCCUACUGCUUGGUCCCCUUUGUCUCCGGCGGAACUGGCCAGUCCAAGAACUCAAGCACACUCAACUUCGGAGGGAAUGCAGUGGUUUCUGGUAGAGGAGUGGUGUCUACACCGAUUGUUAGAGGGGAUUAUGAUACUUUCUACUACCUGACUCUUGAGGGAAUGAGCGUAGGAAGCCUCAACGGAAAGAACAAGAACAAGUUUAUCAAUUUCAGACGAUCUACCCCAGCAGCAGUGUCAGAAGGCAACAUAAUAAUCGACUCAGGGACGACACUGACGUUGGUGCCUGAGGAUUUUUACUCGGAUUUGGAAGCUGCGGUGGCCAGUGAACUGAAAGAUCAGAAGCGUGUGGAUGAUCCGAGCGGUACGUUGAACUUUUGCUACGAGAGCACAAGUGACGCAAGUUUUGUUGUGCCUAGUAUCACCGUGCAUUUCAAAGGUGCCGACGUGAAGCUGAGUAAGCUCAACACAUUUGUGCGAGUGAGUGAGGAAGUGGUGUGCUUUUCUAUUGUGGGUACACAAGACUUAUCAAUAUAUGGGAAUUUGGCACAGAUGAAUUUCUUGGUGGGUUAUGAUCGUGUGGAGAAAACUGUGUCGUUUAAGCCAACGGACUGCACUAUUAAUUAGCUUCGUAUAUUAUAGCCUACACUUGUAGUAUUACGUACGUACUAUUAUUAUGGAGAUUUAUGGGUUUUCUUUUUUGUUUUUUUAAAUUACUGAAUUGAUGUUGGUGUAUUAUUUCUCUCCUGUGUGUAAUAAAUUAAUAAUACUACUUUUUUUUUCAUCAUCAUUAUCCCUUUGUAUUUCAAUUUUUGCUCUUUUUUUUUAAUAAAUGAGAUUUCAUUAUCAGUAUGUAGCGUUUGUUAAAUAUACAUUAUUCACUUGAUCCACGCAUUCACAUAUAUACGCACACAUAGGCUAUCGAUGGU